AUGGUCCAAAGACUCAAAAUUGGUUGCGCCGGUCUCGGUCGCAUGGGCAAGCGUCAUGCCCUCAACUUCCUCGAACGAACUCCCCGAGCCGAACUCGUCGCCGCCAGUUCGCCCGAUCCCGCCGAGCUAGAAUGGGCCAAGACACACCUCGAGCCGUUCGGCGUCCGUCUAUACCAAGAUUACGAUGAGAUGCUCAAGCAGGAGGGUUUGCAAGCAGUGGUAGUCGCCUCAGCCACAGCUGUCCAUGCCGAGCAAGCAAUCAAGGCUAUCAAUGCGGAGAAGCAUGUUCUCUGUGAGAAACCACUAUCAACCAGUGUCGAAGUAUCCCAAUCCGUUGUCGAUGCCGCCGCCAAAAAACCCCAUAUCAAAGUCAUGUGUGGCUUCUCCCGCCGCUUCGACCUUUCCUACCGAGACGCCCACAAGAAGAUGACAACCGGCCAAAUCGGUACUCCCUCCGUCCUCCGCAGCCAAACCUGCGACAAGCUCGACCCAUCUGGCUUCUUCGUCGCCUACGCCCAAUACAGCGGCGGAAUCUUCGUCGACUGCUCAAUUCACGACAUCGACCUGGCCCUCUGGUUCUUCGGCGCGAAUAGUAAAGUCAAAUCCGUUUCGGCAGUGGGCAUCACGGCCGUCGAGCCUGAUCUCCGCAAACACAAUGACCGCGACAAUGCAGUGGGACUGGUGGAGUUCUUCGAUGGCAAGAUUGCUUAUUUUUAUGCUAGUCGGAUGAUGGCUGCGGGUCAGGAGGAUACGACCGAGAUUAUCGGCACGAAGGGGAAGGUGGCUGUGAAUGCCAUUCCACAGAUGAAUCUUGUGCAUCUUUCUGAUGACAAGGGUGUGCGGAGGGAGAUACCGCAGACAUACUGGGACCGAUUUGAGUUUGCUUUUGUUACGGAGGCGAAUGAGUUUACGGCUGCUGUUUUGGAGAAUCGGGAGCUGCCUUUGAAGCUGGAGGGUGCUGUGCAGGCUGUUCGAAUUGGAGCUGCAUUGCAGGAGGCUAUGGUUUCUGGAAAGAAGAUCUUCUUUGAUGAGAGUGGGAAUCGGGUUGAGAGUGCUCGUCUGUAG